AGCUAAAAACCACUGAUGCAUGGACAGAGAACUGCACAACGUGUUUCCGGUAUAUGUGAGUUUCUACAAAGAGAAAUCAUGAACUUCAGACUCUCAUCACUGAUCCUGCUGUUACACAUUCAAGGGUUCCUAACAUUGGAUAACUUUGAUGUAACCUGUAAUAAACAGAAUAUUUGUGCUGUAAGGGGGGGACUGGUGAAGGUGAGGUGCCUUUACUCAAAUAUCAACAUCAAAACUGGGUUCUGGUUCAGUCAGAAACAGAGAACAAACUGGAGAAACAAAGAUGAACCUGAAGAUUUGACUUUAGAUUCAGAUUACUCAGGACGAGUGGAUCAGAGGAUCACUAAAGAUUACUCACGACUCACAAUAAGAGAUCCGAGAGAGAGAGACAGUGGAGAAUAUCAGCUCAUGUUCAUUAUGAAGGAUGGAGUUAAACAUCUCAGCUCAGUCACAGUCAAUCUAACAGUCACAGUUUUACAGGUGAAGAUGAAUCCUGGACCUAGAGGACAGCGAGUAAAACUGAGCUGUGAUUCCUCCUGCCCUUUAACAUCUGAAAAUAAUUACCGCUGGUCCAAGAAUGGACAACCUUUAAAAAAUAGUCAAAGCAUAUUUUUGUCAUCCAGUGGAAACACUGACAGUUAUUCCUGCUCUGAGCCUUUUUCAGAUUUCUCUUCGCCUGUGUGUCUUUCUAACAGUAGCUGUUGGGGUGUGACUUACACCUCUAUGAGUGUUUGUGCUUUAGUGGGAUCAACAGUAAAUAUUCACUCUUCAUACUCACAUCCCACUGGAUAUACAGUAGAGAAAAAAUCCUGGUAUUACGGUUAUCGUGGGGAAUUCAGGGAUCUACGUGAGGAUCCUCGGUUUUCUGGUCGUGUGGAGUAUCUGGGAAACACACUGAGAAUAAAAAAUGCCAGCAUGAGUGACAUUGGACAAUAUCACUUCAGGAUCAUCACUAACACAUCAGAUCAAGUUUCUAGUUCUCCUGGAGUCUAUCUUACUGUUACAGCUACAUGGGUGAGAAGCAGCCCAGACCCUGUGAUAGAUGGAGAAAAAGUGAUAUUACGCUGUUCAACUUAUUGCUCAUUGGAUAGUAAACAUACUUACAUCUGGUAUAAGAAUGGACAACAGGUAACAGAUGGAUUGACAUUAUUAAACAAGCUGUACCUGGACUCAAUCAACAGUGAGGAGCUACAAGAGUAUUCCUGUACUGUAAGAGAUACAAUGGACAAAACAAAUACUUAAAUACAUAAAACUGUAUGAUACUGAUUAAAACAAGGCUUGGCUUUCUGAAGGUUUGCUACUGUAAAUGUUUUAAUAAAGCUUUAUUAAUCCUGCAUUUCUGAGAUAUUUAUCCACAUAUUAUAUUUGUAUUAAGACAUUCAUAAUAGUCAGAUAAAUGUUAUCUUUUGAAUAUAUUUCUCUGUUUUCUGUUUUGACUGCAGUAUGUGGUAACACUUUCUAUGAAGUCUGUGUUUAUAAUGCAUUAUUGCAGGUAUAUUCCCUUAUAAUAAACAUUAUUAUACUGUAUGUUGUAUUCUCUAAUAAAUAAUCAGUAUAAUAGUUACAAUACAUUAUUUGUGGUUGUACCAUUUAUGAGUAUGAUGAUUUAUAACACAUGACGAACUCCAUAUUGUUAUCUUGUAUUAUAAGUACAUGUUGUCAUGUAUUUUAAAUUUCAUAUAUUUACAUUGUAUAAUUGUCACUUGACCUAAAGCAGGAAAUAAACCAUAAGUCUUCUCAUAAACAUCCACAACGCUUUACAUACAAAUAACUGAAACAAACAGAAAGCUUCAGAUUGGGCUUUAAUGUUCUUUAAAGUGAAAACGUGUCAGAAAUGUCCAACAUAUGUUUGUUACCAGCCUUACUCCUCUAUAGUGGGUCAAUAUUUAUACCCAAUCAUCAUAAUACUGGCAAAGGCUUUAGUGGAUCUUUUGUAGAGCAUCGAUGAGCAGUGUACUGGUAAUGUCUUGUAAUCUCAACUAUAUCUUUAGUCAAACCUGGCCAGAAAAAAAUGUUUACUAAUUCUGUGACACAUUUUGAGUCGUCCCAGAUGACCUGCCCAAAGUUUAGAUUGUCCCAUUGUUAAACCUGUUAAGUGUUGCUUUAAGGCUGUUUAUUAAGAUUUGUUUUAGUCGAUCGGAUCACAAGUGGACGAGAGAGAUGCAUUCACGUGAUGUUUUAAUUCAUCUCUUUUCUUCACUUACGACCGCUUCUGUCCUGAUUACUUUGAGGGGAUUGUCAAUGAGCGAGUCCCUCUGCCUUCCUUUAUACACGAGAGGAGAAAUGAUGUGCACUAAUAUUAGGUCACAGUCCGCUGCUUGUGUAGUUACAUAAACAUGCUGCACAUUGUUUUGUAUAUGUAUUGGCUUUCUCUGAUAAUUUAGAGCCAUUGAUGAAUUAAGUUAGCGCAACUUGCAAGAAGUCUGAGGUAAAAACAUAGUGCUCUGUACAUCAUAUUACAUCCGUAAACAGAGAGUAGUCGGUCUUUUGUGGCUGUUUAAACACAUUUAAAGUGACACUUCACCCAUUUGCAUUAAGCUUUGUAUAGUUAGAACCCCAGUCAUGUUUUUGAAUGGUCAUGCAUCAUUUCCUCAGUUUCCCCUGAAAGAGGAGAAAUACAGAUUUCAGUGUUGCACUUCCUUCUUUCAAUAAUGUAAAAAUCAUCAUAUUGCAUCAUUGAAAGCAGGAAGUCCAAUAUCUUUGUUGAGGAGGUGAGACUACAAACACUCCUUUUCUCGGUCAAAUAGGCACCAAAUUCUAAAUGUAUGUUACAUUUCGACUACAAAUAUGACGCACUUUCAAUAUAGAUUAAUGUUUCUACGGGUGAAAUGUGUGUUUACAUUGUCUGUGUCCAAAUCAGCAAUAUUGUUUGACUUAAACUUCCCUUUUAUGCAAUCUCCACUUUUUCUUCACACUCUUCCCUCCCACCAGUUAACAACGGACCUUUUAGAAAAGUUUUUCAUAUCGGAGGUGUGAAAAGGCGCUGCUGAUCUACACAUCAACUUCAUUUAGGAAAAGGAAGCAACUGAGAUUAUGGGAUCACCUAUCAAGAGUUAAAACUGACAUAAACUUACAACCCACUGCUGCAUGGACAGAGAACUGAACAACAACUGCACUGUCUGGUAUAUGUGAGUUUCUACAAAGUGAAAUCAUGAACUUCAGACUCUCAUCACUGAUCCUGCUGUUACACAUUCAAGGGUCCCUAACAUUGGAUAACUUUAAUGUAACCUGUGAUGAACUGAAUAUUUGUGCUGUGAGGGGGAAAAAGGUGAGAGUGUGGUGCAAUAACUCAAAUAUCAACAUCACAACUGGGUUCUGGUUCAGUCAGAAACAGAGAACAAACUGGAGAAACAAAGAUGAACCUGAAGAUUUGACUUUAGAUUCAGAUUACUCAGGACGAGUGAGUCAGAGGAUCACUAAAGAUUACUCGUAUGUCAUGAUAACAGAUCUGAUAGAGGGAGACAGUGGAGAAUAUCAGCUCAUGUUCAUUAUGAAGGAUGGAGUUAAACAUCUCAGCUCAGUCACAGUCAAUCUAACAGUUUCAGUUUUACAGGUAAAGAUGAAUCCUGGACCUAGAGGACUGCGAGUAAAACUGAGCUGUGAUUCCUCCUGCCCUUUAAUAUCUGAAAACAGAUACCGCUGGUUCAAGAAUGGACAAUAUUUAACAAUUGGCCAAAGCAUAUUUGUGUCAUCCAGAGGAAACACCGACAGUUAUUUCUGCUCUGUGUCUUUUUCAU